AUGGCGGACACAAGCGACUGCAAAACUCGUGGCAUGCAGCAGCAGCCUGCAACACCCAUUCACAACCCUAAAGUGAGCAAGAUGUAGGUGAAGCAAAGCGGGGAAACUAACCCACACAGCCUGUCCAAAAUGGCCACCCAACCUAUGCCUGAAAUGUGGAGCACCAUCCUCAAGACACACAGGUCCUCACUGGAAACCUUUGAUUGGCUCUGCGCAGGCCUCAGGGAGGCUUUACACAGCCGGGGAGUAACUCACCGCCAAGCUGAAUUAACGGUGGCCUCAUGGAGGCGCAGCUACUAUAUGCAGAUACCACAAGCCUCCAAGAUGGCCGUCAGGCAUAACAGAUACCGCCGGGCCUCGAGGCGGGAUGUAGCACCAAACCCCCCAUGCUCACGAACCCAACAGCACACAAGAAACACUGGGGCUACGAACCAAUCGACGCCCACACAUACCCAACCUGACCGAAACCCCGGCGAUAAGCGCAACACGACACACACCUCCCUAUACAAGGCAACACCGCAAGCGACCAGGUGACUGCACCACAUGGGGGACAUUACCGGAGCAGAACCCCAAGGGGGAGACACCUGGCCCUGUGGCAGCAAAGACGAGUCCAGUAGACACAAAGCACAGGACUUACCAUCACUGGGUGUAGGCUGAAAAGCCUAGAACACUGCCUCACAGGGGUAAUCUUAGCCUGGACUGAUCUGAAUUCUCAUAACAGCGGAAUACCCAGACGCAGAAAUAUAACACAGGUCACAUGUGGACAAUAUCCCCAUGAUAACGCAGGACACACUGCACAAUGCUCUUGAAGGUUAUUUGCCCAGCUAAUUAACGGCAAAGAAUAAUUUUAUGUUUAGUUACUUAAGAUAAAAAAGUCUGUAUUUACAUUUAGCUUGUGUAGCGAAGUAACCUCACAUAGUAGGCACAAUACUGCACUAUUAUUUGCUUCUCAUGACACAACAGCCUACACAAGUGCAGCACAAGCAGCACACAUAUCAAACACAUGCCUGUUACCUUUAUAGUAUAAAUCAUAAUACCAUAUUACUAUUAUGGCAGCAUAAAUAACAUACCUAACCUAGCACUGUUAAGCAAAAAACAAAGAAUAGAGUCAGCGCUAAUAUAUCAGAAAGAGAUACAAAAGGCAGCAAUCCCAAACAAGGACUCCCUCACGUGUCCUUGAAAUGAAUACGGAAGGCAAACAAACAAAAGGAUGGGACUGCGCCAGUGAGCAAAUUUAGUGAAAUUAAAAGUCCUGGUUGAGGUAGAAAUAUUGAAAUAGAGUCCAGUAUAAUGAAACUUUGGUCUUAUGUUGGUCUCUGAAGUUGUAGAAUUUCGCUCCUUACAGGUAUAUGGAGGAGGAUGAUGAAUGAUGAAAAUAAUGGUGGUAAAGAUACCAAAAGGUAUCCAAAUAAAAUAGAAGAGAUAAUACUUACUUUUUAUAGAGCUUAAUCCAGCUCUGGUAUGAAUAGCUUCCAGCGGUAUGCGGGAUAUGCGGUGAGUCUCCUCUUCGGUGUAGUGACAGACAGCCAGGGGGAAGAUAAAACAAAAAACGGUGAUGGUGCAGUAUGUUCCAAAAGUGGAUAAGAAGUAUUUAAAUAUAGUAGGUACACUCAGGUUUAAUAGGCAUACAGCGGUAUGAUCCCCGCCUCUGGGAUAUAUGGUGAGCGUUCUUUGAAAUAGUUCUUUAAGAUGGUAACAGGAGCUCAGGGAGAAGAUAAUAAAACAGCAAUAGUGCUCUCAGUAAAAUAAUGCUGGUAUAUAAAAUAUAAUAUAUACUCACAAUGUAUAGGGCAGGCUAACUGCUCUAUGGUAUAGGCACGGGUGGUAUAAUCCCCACCUAAGGAUUCUUUGGAGUAUAGGAGAUAAUAGGUAAAAAGCCAGGUAAUUAUAAUAAAAAAUUAAAUAUAAAAAAAUAAAUAAAAGAUAAUGGUGCAAAAGAAUAAAAUGACCAAAAUCUAUUUAUUAACAGUAAUUAAAAAGCAGUACAAUAUCCAAACGCGUUUCACCAAUAUAGGCUUUAUCAAUGGAUUGGGACAACUUUGAAAAUUGCACCAAAACUGCUCUGACCAAUCACAAAGCAGAUUGUGAUUGCACACAAAUAACAGCUGUAAACCUUCAUGAGUACAUAGACAUAACUAAUGGGAUGUGGAAUAUAUAAUUGUGAUAUAACAACGAGGUUAUAAUAGAGAGAAUUUUCUUCAUAUUAACUGAAACAUGUGACGCGCGUCAUAAGUGCGACGUCACUUCCGGUCGCUCGGUAUUCUGGGGCAUGUAGUUGUAUCAUGAACUACAUGCCCAAGCCGGAAGUAAGCUUCAUUCAUUGCCCUCCUCCAUAUACCUGUAAGGAGCGAAAUUCUACAACUUCAGAGACCAACAUAAGACCAAAGUUUCAUUAUACUGGACUCUAUUUCAAUAUUUCUACUUCAACCAGGACUUUUAAUUUCACUAAAUUUGCUCACUGGCGCAGUCCCAUCCUUUUGUUUGUUAGCACUGUUAAGCGUUGAUUAUUUCAGCUUGUUCUAACGAUUUUAUUGCGCAGCCAAGCUUGUUAUUGUUAUAACUAUAUAAAAAUGUGCAACUCCUCAUGCCACUGUAUAACUUGAAUACAUCUAUGAACAUGCUGUUGUGGCGUAUGUCGAUGCUAUGUAACAACAUGCACAACAAAAAUAAAGAAUAUUAAAAAAAAAGUUUUAAAAAGUAAAAAAAAUACAUUUAAAAAUGCUCAUUACAACCACACCUGGAAAAAACUAGAGAAAAAAUGAUCCCAUGCUUAGGUUCAAAAUAUGCCUUUUGAAUUACCCCAGGUUGUAUUCUUUAAUAAAUAGUAUGUGUUUGAGGGGAAGUUUGAAUAACCAACCAGCUAAACUACUCCAAAAUGGAACAUCGUAAAACUUCAACGUUAGAAAAAAAACUGAAUGCCUGCGUCUCAAAUGUGCCCCUUCAGCAUCCACACAUACCUGGCAAAGGUACAUACGGGGGGUAUUGCUGUACUCAGACGACAUAGCUGAGCAGCAUAUGUAUAUGCUGUGCAAACUCACUUUGUGUGUCAAAAAGGCAGAAAAAACAAUUAUUACCACUACAGUUGGUACAAGCUAGCGGAAAAAUGAUCCCAUGCCAAGGUUCAAAAUAUGCCUUUUGAAAUACCAUGGGAUAUCUUCGUUAAGAAAUGGUAUGCCUUUAUGGGGUAUUUGGAUUAUAUAGCCUGCUAAAAUACUCUAAAAUGGGACACAUGGACACAGUUUAAAAAUUCUAAUUUUGAAAAAAAGUGGAAUGACUGUGUCUCAAAUGUGCCCCUUCCAUUUCCACAUAUACUUGGCAAAGGUACAUAUGGGGGUAUUGCUGUACUCAGAUGACAUAGCUGAGAAACAUAUGAAGUAUUAUACAGUCGUAGCACGCAUAAGGUUUGCAAAAUAUACUGUGCAAACUCACUUUGUGUGUCAAAAAGGCAGAAAAAAUGCUUAUUACCACUACACUUGGUACAAGCUAGCGGGAACAUAAUCCCACACUAAGGUUCAAAAUAUGCCUUUGAAAUACCCAGGGAUUUCUUCUUUAAGAAAUGGUAUGGCUUUAUGGGGUGUUUUGGAUUAUAUAAAUACUCUAAAAUGGGACAUGGACACAGCGUAAAAAUUUAAAGUUUGAAAAAAAAUGGAAUGGCUGUGUCUUAAAUGUGCCCCUCCAAUGUCCACAUAUACCUGGCAAAGGUAUAUACGGGGGUAUUGCUGUACUCAGCCAACAUGGCUGAGCAACAUAUGAAGUAUUAUACAGUCGUAGCACACAUACGAUUUGGAAAAUAUACUGUGCAAACUCACUGUGUGUGUCAAAAAUACAGAAAAAAUGCUUAUUACCACUACACUUGGUACAAGCUGGCGGAAAAAUUAUCCCAAAAUAUGCCUUUUGAAAUACCCUGGGAUGUCUACUUUAAGAAAUGGAAUGCCUUUAUGUUGUAGUUGUAAUAUGUAGCCUGCUCGAGUGCUCCAAAGUGGGACACGGACGCAUCAAAACCCUCCAUAAAAAAUUCACACUUAAAACCUGAACUUGCCACGUGUUUUACAGCACUGUAACUUCACAAAACAGUGUCUAGGUCAUACAUUGGGCAUAUUGUUUUACUCAGAAGAUAUAACUGAGCAUAAUUUGGGGAUUUUUAUGACAGUGGUACAUAUUAAGUGUAAGAAAUACUCAGCAAAAAUGCAACAUAUAUGUAAAAAUGCCAUUUUUUUUCCCCCUCACCACAAACAUUGACAUAAAUUGGUGAAAAAAUGGUGACAAGUUAAGGCACAAUAUAUACCAUAUAAGAUACCCUGGAAUGUCUGCUUUAUCAACUAAAAGUCCUUUGUGGGGUUAUUUGAACAGUCACACUGCUAUAAUACCCUAACAUCGUCCCGUCAAAUCCAUCUACAAAAAUGCUAACUAUAGAAACAGAAAUAGCCUUGUCUCUUAUAUGGCAUUGUAGCUUUACAGAAAAAUGCCAAAGGCAUACAAUGGGGGUAUCGUUAUACUCAGCAGAUGUAGCUGAACACAAUAUGGGGCUCUGUGCAGGAAUAGCACACACCAGUAGGCAUGUGCAUGGGGAAAAUAUUCGGCUCGGCAUUCCGAAAUUCGGGACUUCGUCAAUGCGGGACUUCGGAACUUCGGCAACUUCGCCACUUCGGAACUUCGCCACUUCAGAACAUCUGCAUCUCAGAACUUAGGUACUUCGUAACUUAGACACUUCAGAACUUAGACACUUCGGAACUCUGGCAUUUCGGGACGUCUCUUGCAGCCGUUUGGUAGAUAACUCCCUAAUUCCCACGCUAUUAAGGAGUUAUCUACCAAAUGGCUGUACGACCUAAAUUGAUCUUUCAGCCAAAUUUACUAAUACUAAGUAAAAAUUACUUAGUAUUAGUAAAUUUUGCCCCUACUCGCUAUACUGCAGGUAGGGGCAUGUCUAUUAAACAGUGAGCAAAAAAAAUUGUCCUAAUGUCCUCCCCCUGGCCUCCACCCCUGAGCGGUGGGUGGGGAUCCUAAAUAAAAAUGGGGGGGAACCUAAUGUCCUCCCCCUGGCCCCCACCCCUGAGCGGUGGGUGGGGACCCUAAACUAUAAAAAGGGGGGGACCUAUUGUCCUCCACCUGGCCCCCACCCCUGAGCAGUGGGUGGGGGACCCUAAAUACAAAUUGAGGGGGGGACCUAUUGUCCUCCCCCUUGGCCCCCACCCCUGAGCGGUGGGUGGGGGCCCUAAACUAGAAUAAGGGGGGAUUUAAUGUCCUCCCCCUGUUCCCCACCCCUGAGCGGGGGAAGGCUUAUUACUUAAUCCACCAAUCAGAGAGUUAUGAGUCAAAUUACACAGCGUGGGAAAAUUCCAAAUAACUUUCCCACGCUGUGUAAAAUGACAUAGAGCACUCUGGUGGAUUUCAAACCAACCAAUCAGAGUGCUGUGACAGGUAAAUGUACACACUUACCUGUCAGUCUUUUCAUUUACCUGUCAGAGCACUCUGAUUGGAUGGCUUAAACACACCAAUCACAGUGCUUUUUUUUUUUUAUUGCGUCAGUUAUUAUGGAUUUUCAUUUGGCCUUUUUUGGGGCUGAAAAAAGAAGAUUUUAGAAGAAAGAAAACAUCGAAUGGUAAGUUUAUUUGUAUUUUUGCAGGUACUUAGUUAAAGUCCCCUCCCCCAUUAUUUUUAGGGUGAGGGGGGUAGGUAGGGGUUCAUUUUUGGGGGGAGGGUUGACUAGGGAUUUGGUGACCCCUAGUCACCUGGGGUUGAGGGGGGUUACAUUUGUAUUUAGGGCCCCCACCCACCGCUCAUGGCUGGGGGCCAGGGGGGAGGACAUUAGGUCCCCCCCUUAUUAUGGUUUAGGGCCCCCACCCACCUUUCAGGGCUGGGGGCCAGGGGGGAGGACAUUAGCUCCCCCCAAUUUGUAUGUAGGGCCCCCACCCACCGCUCAGGGGUGGGGGCAAUGGGGGAAGACAUUAGGUCCCCCCCCUUAUUAUGGUUUAGGGCCCCCACCCACCUUUCAGGGCUGGGGGCCAGGGGGGAGAACAUUAGCGCCCCCCAAUUUGUAUGUAGGGCCCCCACCCACCGCUCAGGGGUGGGGGCAAUGGGGGAAGACAUUAGGUCCCCCCCUUAUUAUGGUUUAGGGCCCCCACCCACCUUUCAGGGCUGGGGGCCAGGGGGGAGGACAUUAGCUCCCCCCAAUUUGUAUGUAGGGCCCCCACCCACCGCUCAGGGGUGGGGGCAAUGGGGGAAGACAUUAGGUCCCCCCCCUUAUUAUGGUUUAGGGCCCCCACCCACCUUUCAGGGCUGGGGGCCAGGGGGGAGAACAUUAGCGCCCCCCAUUUUGUAUUUAGGGCCCCCACCCACCGCUCAGGGGUGGGGGCUGGGGGCAGGACAUUAGGUCCCCCCCUUAUUCUUGUUUAGGGCCCCCACCCACCUUUCAGGGCUGGGGGCCAGGGGGGAGAACAUUAGCGCCCCCCAUUUUGUAUUUAGGGCCCCCACCCACCGCUCAGGGGUGGGGGCUGGGGGCAGGACAUUAGGUCCCCCCCUUAUUCUUGUUUAGGGCCCCCACCCACCGCUCAGAUGUGGGGGCCAGGGGGAGGACAUUAGGUCCCCCCUUAUUCUAGUUUAGGGCCCCCACCCACCGCUCAGGGGUGGGGGCCUGGGGGAGGACAUUAGGUCCCCCCCAAUUUGUAUUUAGGGCCCCCACCCACCGUUCAGGGGUUGGGACCAGGGGGGAGAACAUUAGGUCCUCCCCCCUAUUCUUGUUUAGGGCCCCCACCCACUGCUCAGGGGUGGGGGUCAGGGGGGAGGACAUUAGGUCCCCCCCCCCCAAUUUUUAUUAGGGCCCCCACCCACCGCUCAGGGGUGGGGGCCGGUGGGGAGGACAAUAGGUCCUCCCCCCCUUUUUACUUUAGGGCCCCCACCCGCCUCUCAGGGGUGGGGGUGGGGAGGGGGGGCAAUAGGGUGGCCUUUUUUUUUUUUUUAAACAGUGAGCAGCCACAGGCUACUCACUGUUUAAUAGGCUUGCCCCUACUUGCGAUAUAGCGAGUAGGGGCAUAAUUUACUAAUACUAAGUAAUCUUUACUUAGUUUUAGUAAAUUUGGCUGAAAGACCAAUUCAGGUAGGUAGAUAGCUCCCUAAUACCGUGGAUACUUGCAAUACGCGUUUCGUCUAAAUAGGCUUCCUCAGUUGCAUUGAAGCCUAUUUAGGCGAAACCCGUUUUGCAAGUAUCUGAUUUUACCAGCCUGCACAUUGAGCCUAAUGUUAUUGGCUCUGUACUUGUGAGUACAAUACCUACUGAUAUCUAUACAUGUCCUUGUACCAGAAUAUAUUGCACUAGGUUGUGUGUUUUUUUAAUAUAUAUUUUCAGCUGUCUGUGAUACCUACAACCAAGGUCUACCUCACACUCUACCUAAUUUGUAUGUAUAUAUUUUGCUUUAUGUGUGAUUAGAGAGGUAAUCACAUAGGUGUGUUAGAGUGUGGUGGUAUUCAUUUGUCAGCACAUAUUGGGACUAUGUAUUGUGAGUUAAAUCCACAUAAAUUAAUUAAUUUUUAUUUACUUUUUCUAAGCUGUACAUAUUAUUGCCAAAACUGUGAAAAAAAAUUUUAUUUUUUUUUACAACUUUUGGGGAUUAUUUUUAUGAUUAAUGAGAAUGUAUCUAUCUAUAUGUGACAUCAAAUUAAAGCCCUGUUUGCCCUCUAAUAAUUGAUGUAUAUAAUAUGUGUUGGUGCAGUAAAUGAGAGAGAUGCAAAUUGCGUUUGAACACAAACAGCAAAAAAUGCAAAAAAUGGCUUGUGUCCUUAAGCAUAAGACAAGCUUCUGAAGCUGUGUCCUUAAGGGGUUAAAGUCUGUUGCCUUUGUGGGGGUUUAUCCCACUGUAAUCUUUUUGUUCCCCUCACAAUUUCUAUAUUCUAUCUGUUCCCCCAUUGAAUGUUAGAGAUUUGUAUUUUUUUUGUUUUUUCUCCCAACAAUUUACAUUUUAUUCCUAUUUGUGUAAUUGAUUUUAUUUAAUCAUAUAUUGAAAUUAGGGUAGACUAUUCCUUUUUUUUUUUUUGUGCAUUGAGUUACAUACAAGCUUGUAUUGUAUAACCGACAGUUCAGACAAGCAUCAGAGUUGCAAACAUCACAAUACUGUGUCAUGUCAUGUAGAUUAUCUGCACUUUUUUUUAAUGAAAGUACGAUCAGGUUACUCAGCCAUGUCUAAAUACAAGAAAUGAGAAUGUCAAAGCUUAAGCUAGCCUAGGAUAUUUAACUAGAAAUGCUUACAGUUAGUUUCAUGUUUUAUAUAACUAGUGCGACAUGGAGGUGCGAGUAGGUAUGAAUUUAAGUUGACAUGCUAAUAAACCGUGAUAGGCUAAUAUUCCACUGGGUACCACACACCUCAGAGAUAAAAUUAAGAGAAAAUUUAAGAGAACUCCAUGUUACAUGUAUACCACUGGAAGUGAUGUGUAAGGGAAGGGUCCCUGCACCAGGUAGAUGUUAGAUCAACAUUGUAGAGAACAAAAAUAAGGGUGGCUAACCAGCUGAACAUGAAUUUGAUUAAUGCAAGCAGAGUAUGCAUAUGAGCGUUUGUGGGUAUGUCCACAGGGCACAAAACCCAAAAUACUGGUAUUGGUGUGUCUCUGAAAGACAGGGUAGUGUUUCAACGAGCGGUUCCUGCCUGCCCCAUGUUGAUCAUGUUGUUCCAUCUUUUCCUGCUUCAUGUAUGGCAGCAUCAUUGCCUCUCCCAGUCUUGAGCUCGGAUGUGGAGUAGUGGGUGGGUGGUCGGCUGAAGCCCGGCCCUGGGGACCAAGAGCUGGACGUGUGUCUUGUGUGUUCCCAGCUCAGUAGAAGAGCGGCUGAUCAAGGCCUUGCCAGGAAUUAGGUUGGUGUCAUCCUGGUGCCUGUGGACCCUCCUCCAGGGUGUAUGCGAGGUGCCAUGUCGCCUGGCUCGAGGUUUGGGUAGGUGA